AUGAGAACGCUCUAUUUCGACGAUCUCUUCACCGGCAGCGAAUGGCUGCGCGCGGUCCGGGUCGAGAUCGACGAAAUAGGCUCGGUCGUCACGGUGACCGGCGAUGCCGAGCCGUCGGGUUGCGAGCACCUCGCUGGCUGCGUGGUGCCGGGGAUGCCCAACCUCCAUUCCCACGCCCAUCAACGGGCGAUGGCCGGGCUGGCCGAGCGCUCGGGACCCGGCGAGGAUUCGUUUUGGACCUGGCGCGAGCUGAUGUACCGCAACGUCUUGCGCAUCCGUCCAGAGCAGCUCGAAGCCAUCGCCGCCCAGCUCUACGUCGAGCUGCUCGAAGCGGGUUACACGGCGGUGGGCGAAUUUCAAUACCUGCACCACGAUUCGGCUGGCCGGCCGUAUGCCGAGCCCGCUGAGAUGUCGCUGCGUUGCCUGUCGGCGGCCAGGGACAUGGGCAUCGGCCUUACCCUCCUGCCCGUGCUCUACCAGGACGGCGGCUUCGGAGGCCGGCCUUCGGGCGACGGCCAACGCCGCUUCCUCAACGACGCCGAGGGAUUUCUGGGGAUCGUCGGGCGUUUGCAGCAAGAGACCGACCAGCAGACGGCGGUGGGCAUCGCGCCACAUUCAUUGCGAGCGGUCGGCGAGGAACUGCUGGGCGAAGUCUUGGCGGCCUGGGGCGAGCGCGGGCCGAUCCACAUCCACGUUGCUGAGCAGCUCCCCGAAGUCGAGGACUGCCUGGCCUGGAGCGGCCAGCGGCCGGUCGAGUGGCUGUUUGAUCGGGCGGCGGUCGACGAGCUGUGGUGUCUGAUCCACGCCACCCACCUCGACGACGACGAGCUGUCCAGGUUGGCGGCCAGCGGCGCGGUGGUUGGCUUGUGCCCGACUACCGAGGCCAAUCUCGGCGAUGGCCUUUUUCGCGCGGUCGAGUAUCUGCGUGUCGGCGGCCGUCUGGGGAUCGGCUCCGACAGCCACAUCUCUACGAGCCCGGCCGAGGAGCUGCGCUGGCUGGAGUACGGCCAACGCUUGCGGCACCAUGGCCGCAAUCUACUGACCGGCGGUCGUGACCGCUCGACCGGUCGCAGCCUCUAUCAACAGGCCCUAGCCGGCGGUGCCCAAGCCUGUGGCCGACCGAUCGGCCGUAUCGCCCCGGGUUGCCGGGCCGAUCUGGUGGUGCUGGACACCGACCACCCGCUGCUCGCCGGACGGCGCGGCGACGCCUGGCUCGACAGUUGGAUCUUUGCCGGCAAUCAGGUGCGAUCCGUCAGGUCAUAG